UCCCCUUCUCUCCCUUUCUUCUCUUCCUCUCGUCUCCCUAAACUCUCAACUCACCCGGUCUCCUUGAAUAUCACAGCCUUUCUUUUCUUUUCUCACAUCUCUCCCUCUCCUCUCUCUCUUUUUCAUCUUCUCAGUUCUUCUCUCUGUCUCUCCCUCUCGGUUUGUCCCUCAUCCUCACUCCUCAGCUCUCUGUUCCUCUCGUCCCUCUCUGUCUCUCCUCUCUUCUCUCCCUCCCUCUAUUCCUCUUUUUUUUUUUUUUUUUUCAGCAUUUCUUUUCUCCCAACCCUCUUAUCUCCUCUUUCUCUCAGCUCUCUCCUUUCUCUUCCUUUGUUUCUCUCCCUCCUAGGUCCAUCUCUUCUUCCUUCCCUUUCAGUUUACCUCUCUCAGUUAUGCUUGUACGUGCUGUGCUGCUCCCUUAUACCUUGCUGCUCCCUCUCGACCCUGUCUUCUCUGUGCUGCUGUCUAUUGUUCCUGCUACUGCGAACUGCUGCUGUCUGCGGUCCAGUGCUGCCGUGUUGCUGCUGCAGCUGGAGGAGAACCCGAGUCCUGCUCCUGCUGCUGUGCUGUGCUAUGGCCAGACUCUCCUCAAAUACGACCUAUUUCCCUUUUACUCUCUUCUCUCUCUCUCUCUCUCUCUCUCUCUCUCUCUCUCUCUUUCUCUUUUUCUUUUUCCUUCUUCUCUUCUUCUCUAGUUUUUUUUUUUUUUUUUUUCUUUUUCUUUCCUGCAUUUAAAUACUUGGUUAAUCAUUGUUAAUUUUUACUUGAAUUUUAAUUAAAGUUCUGAACUUUUAAAUUUAUGCUGGGUUAUAUUUUGAAUUAAUUUUGAUUGGGUUAAUUUAUCUUGAAUUUGGUUUAAUUGAGAUCCUAGUUAUUAUUGUAGUUAAAUUUAUUAUUUAAGCCGUUGAAGAGUCAAGUUUGUUUUUGGUUAAACCAUCGUCCGAUUAAAUUCAAUUUCUGUUUAGGUUAUUGAUUGGGUUAGGUUCAAGUUUUAAGUUGGUGUUUAAUUUUAUGUCUAAAUGCUUAAGUAGAGUAAUAAAGUUUUCGUCUUUAGUUUUUUUUUAUUCGAAAUUUUGAACGUGAAUUUUAUUUCUCGUCUGCAUGCUUAACGUAGGAUUGUUUUCUCCAUUUAAGUUGAGUAAUAUAGUUUAUGUUUUGCUUUAUUUUAAGUUUCAUUGGAAAAAUCUCAACAACCAAAAACCUGAAUCUAAAUUGUGUUCAAUAACCUUUUCAUUUCUUAUUUUCUUUUGGAAUUAUACUAAAUUUGGAAUUAGGCUGCAUUUCCUGAUGAGACAAUCUGACCUUUAGACUAAUUAUUAUACAACUGAACUCCUAUAUUUAGGAUAGCUUUCGAGCUGCUCAUUUUUAGAGCGAGUCAAGUUUUUGGCACCGUUGCCGGGGAUUGCCAGAUUUAGUUUUAAAUUAGUGUUUUUCCCUUUAUUUUGCUUUUCUUCACGAAGAAAAAGAGUGUUGAAAAUAAUAACAAUAAUAAUAAGAAAUAAAAGAAUAUGGUUGUACCUGCACCACAUAAUCUUAUGGAUUUUUUGCAGCCUACAUGCACCACUGCACCAUUUUACACUGUUUUACCUAAUGACGCACUUAAUUUCAUGAUUCAGCGCGGGAGGAUGUCAUUGAUACUUCAGUUCUACGGGACGGAAUCCGAGUGUCCUUAUCGGCAUCUGACGGAGUUUAAGUUAACUUGCAAUACUUUUUUUUCCUAGUGUUAGAACUGAUGAAUUUACUAGACUUCAUUUAUUUCUUGCCUCUUUGGAGGAUAGGGCGAAUAUGUGGUCUAAUUCUUUGAGACCUCACUCUAUCUCUAAUUGGGCCGAUAUGGAAUGUGAAUUUCUACAUAAGUUUUGCCCCUCACAAAGAAUUCAAUUUUUAUAGGAACAGAUGAUUCAGUUUAUGUAGAAGGGUGAUGAAACUUUUCGGGCUUGCUAGGAGAGGUUCAAGGGUAUGAUAAAUACUUGUCUACAUCACCGGUUUGAAUCAUGGAGGAUGGCAAACCCGCUAGCAGAGAUAGAUGGAUGGGGAAAGUUAAUUUUGUUGAGAUACGUACAUUUUUGCAUAUUUUCCGAAGCUUUGACAGAAUGUGGGGUUUCUUCAUUUUGUGCUUACGGGCUAUGAUUAUUGCCUCUUGGAAUGGUUCGGGAGAACCAAGCUCUAUAUUUAGUGCUGAUGUUUUCAAGAAAAUACUGUCUGUCUUUAUCACUGCUGCAAUAUUGAAGCUUGGACAGGGAGCCCCAGAUAGAAGAGCGAAUAGAGUUUCGCAGCAUUAGAAUUCGAUCGUUCUACCCUGUCUGAAGGGUAAGUCAUUUUGCUAGCGUCUGACGGAUUUUUGGGUGGUGAUCCUAGAGCACUUUUUGGAUAUUUUGGGAUGUGUGUAUGUAGAUGAAAGUUGUAGUAAAACUCUAGUAUUUUGUUGGAUGGAUGAUUUGAUAUGUAUAUGAUUUUACGUU